AGAAACUUUCACUGAUGAUGGUUGUGUGUUUGCUUGCCGGUCUGUCUGAUUGUCAGACCAGAAGAGCGGAGACCAAUGAGCUGACACAUGAAGACCUGAAUGAUACCUGGGUAGAGAAGGAUGCUCUCCAAAAUCUAAACCAAGAGCUAGAGACACCAGCCACUUUGAAAAAAAACUCAACAACCCAGCUGACCUGUGAACCACCCAUCUACACAGUGCUGAAGGAGCUGGGAGCUCUGGAAGAAAGGCUUGCAGCUACUGUGAGAGCCCUGGAGGAGACAAACAAAAAGCUGGAGGCCAGUGAGAGGAAGCUGUCUGCACUUGACAGCAAGGUGACUGAACUCGGUACAGUGGAUCAAGGGCAGAAUCGGGUUGCAUUUUCUGCUGCACAUCCAGUACAGGGCACCAUCGGUCCUGUAAAUGUUGGUCAUGGUCUGGUGUACGAUAAUGUUCUGUCCAACAUUGGAGGACAUUACAGCCCAGUCACAGGAUAUUUUACGGCACCAGUGCGAGGAGUCUAUUAUUUCACCUUCACUUCCUUUAACUGGGCAAAUGAUGGAGCCUCUGGUGGCAGUUUGUACCGAAAUGGAAACCACAUAGUGUCAUGGUAUGCUUCUACUCAAACUAAGGCCAUCCCUGGAUCUAACAGCGCCAUCUUGCAGCUACAUGUUGGAGACAAAGUCAAUGUUCGUCUUUGGGCAAAUUAUAAGAUCAGUGAUAAUGGAUUAAGGUACUGCUCAUUCAGUGGAUUUUUGAUUUUCCCUGUGUGAGGUGCAUUAAUGUGAUUUCAUACGGAUCAAACCUUUAAUAGAGGUGAAAAGAUCACACAAUGUGAUGUGACUUCAUGUUCUGUUUAUAAAAUAAAGAUGGGAAUGUUAUUCUGUUUUCUUUUUUAUACUCAACUGAUCUACUGUAUGUUGAAACACAUUGACAGUAUUAGUAAGACUUGUAUAUUUGUAUAAGGUCAUCAAUUUAACAGUUACCUUUCAAAAAAAUGUUCAAGUAUUGUCUUUUGGGCAAUAUGUUAAAAUGUCUGAUUCCGCACUUGUUAAUGAUGUAUUAGUUUUUUGAUUUCCAUCAUUUUGCGAUGCCUUUUCAUAAUAAUGUACCAGAG